CUCAAGUGGACAUUAGGGGAACUGCAGUUUUUGGCACUUCUGCGUUGGCUUCACUUCACAGACACAAAGAGUGUUGGUGUAGUUGACUAAAUAAUGGCGAUAAAAUCAUUAAUCAUAAUGAUGUAAGGUGCUUAUUGGACCACGGUUUCUUCCAGUUGUGAUGUCAUGAAGACUCACUCGUACAUACACACUGUAAACUAAGAUUUAAAGGUCCAGUGUGUAGACUGGACCUGCAGACUGAAGGUCAAAGAUCCAAGUGAAGCAACAAUAAGCAAAACAUAAUUUUGAGUAGAGCAGUCCUUAAAAAGACACACAUUGUAAAGCUUUAGUUCAGACAGAAUGAGUAUGUGACAGAUGAGCAUUUCUAAUAAGUUGAAUAAUCAUGUAGAAAUCUCACUAUUUAUACCAUUUCUGUGAAGAGACUGUUUGAUCAUAGAUCAGAAGGAGGGUCGUAAAGGAAGCGUAUCACAGGAGGAGGAUGGGAGUGUGUGUGUGUGUGAGAGAGUGUGUGGGGAAACAGGGACAACCUCACAGCAGCUUAACCAAACUUAUAUUAGAUCUGUGUUGCGACUAUCAUAUGAUGGUUUCUCUUCAUUUUGCAUUAUUCAUGACGUUCUGUUGACUUGAGUAAUCGCGUGGAAUGCACAUGGGGUUUUUCCUUCAAGAAAAUAUUUAGCUCAACUCUGCACUCGUCUGUUCUUUUACACCAGACCGGAGUCUCUACAUGAGUCCACUUGAAGGAAUUCACAGAUUUUUUUUUUUUUUUUUUAAAGAUGUGAGGGCAAGGUGUCAUUGCUGAGUGGAUCAAUGCUGUGCUAAAGGAAGAAGGAAAAUGUGGAUACCCUCUUUAAUUUGGAUUCUGCACUUUAUGAAUCUUACAAAAGGCCUUGAUAACGCAAAGAUUCUGCGUAACAGACGUAGCACCCCCAUGACCAGACCCUGUCCAGCAGGUUGUGUCACAUGCUCGGCCCUGAAUGGCUGCCUGUCAUGUAAACCUCGCCUCUUCUUCCAUUUGGAGCUGGAUGGGAUGCGGCAGAGAGGCACCUGUCUGUCCUCCUGCCCCCGGGGUCACUAUGGCAUGCGCUCUCCACACAUCAGCACCUGCACAAGGUGCAAGGAGGACUGCGCUUCCUGUUUCAGUGAAAAUUUCUGCACACAUUGUCACCCGGGUCACUUCCUGUUCCAGGGUAAAUGUGAAAACAACUGUCCGAAUGGGCUGACAGCAAAUGCAGCACUGAGAGAAUGCACAGAGUGCUCUACAGGUUGUGAGAUGUGUGUCAGGAGGAACAUGUGUGUGAGGUGUAAAGCAGACCUGUACUUUCACCAAGGCCAGUGUCAUCUCACCUGUCCGAUGGGAUUUGAGCCUGAUGUGCAGCUUCUGCAAUGCAUCCCCCAAGUGCACUGCGAAGUUGGGGAAUGGACAGACUGGGGUCCAUGCAUUCGGAGACGGAGCAUGCGGACCUACAGGAGGGGGGAAGAGAUGCGCACGCGAAAAGUUCUACGGUCCCCAAGUGUCUACGGUGACCCCUGCCCACACGUGUCGGAGAUCAAGAAGUGUGUCACCAAAAAGAAAUCAAAGAGUCCAAGUAGGUUGUAGUAAGAUGAACGGCAACCCCUCAUGAACAGAGACAUUGAACUUGUUUUGCAAAUUCUUCCUUUGGCUGGCAGCAAAGAAAAAGUAUAGAUACAUUCAGUUCAAAUAAAACAGAUGUUUCUUCCAUUGUAUCUAUAAAUCCAACAUCUUUACUGCAUUGCUUAGGCUUAUCCGGGCUCAGGCAUUUUAUGUGAAUACCAGUCAUGUGCUAAAUUGAUGCCACUUGUGUUUUCUUUUACGAACUGAUUUCCUAACUUGACCAUUUGUCUUACUGCAACUUUUUGAGGACACCUACACAUUGUCUUCUUACUUGCAAUAAAAUGUAUUGAGAAAA